UCUCCGCGCCGCCCUGGGAGCUGCAGCUGGUCCCGGCCUUGCGGCCUGCGGGGUAGGCUGCCCGGAGGAGGCGGCGACAGUGGCGGCGACGGUGCGUCCACGACCCCUAGGAACGCGAAUUCCUUCCUGCCAGGUCUCUCCAUCCGUCCAUCCAUCUGUGGGGGUCUGCGAUGGCCACCUUCAGCCGCCAGGAGUUUUUCCAGCAGCUGCUUCAGGGCUGUCUCCUGCCUACUGCCCAGCAGGGUAUUGACCAGAUCUGGCUGCUCCAUGCCAUCUGCCUUGCCUGUUGCCUCCUCUGGUGGCUUGGGUUGCCAUCCUACUUGAAACAUGCAAGCACCGUGGCAGGCAGGUUCUUCAGCCUCUACCACUUCUUCAAGCUGCACAAGGUUUGGGUCGUGCUGCUCAGCCUCCUAUGCAACCUCGUGCUGUUCCUCUGCCGACAUUCCUGUUAUCGAGGCGUCUUCCUCUCCAUCACCAUCCUCAUCUACCUACUCAUGGGUGAGAUGCACAUGGUGGACACUGUGACAUGGCAUAAGAUGUGAGGGGCCCAGAUGAUUGUGGCCAUGAAGGCAGUGUCUCUGGGCUUCGACUUCGACUGGGGUGAAGUGGGUGCAGUGCCCUCCCCCGUGGAGUUCAUGGGCUACCUCUACUUUGUGGGUGCCAUCGUCUUUGGGCCCUGGAUAUCCUUCCAAGGCCACCCGCUGAGCCGCCGAUGGCUGCAGAAGGUGGCAUGGAGCCUGGUGCUGGCCCUGCUAUGCCUUGUGCUGUCCGCCUGUGUGGGCCCCUACCUCUUCCCGUACUUCAUCCCCCUCGAUGGUGACCUCCUCCUUUGCAAGGGCACCACGGUAAGGUGGCUGCGAGCCUAUGAAAGUGCUGUCUCCUUCCACUUCAGCAACUAUUUUGUGGGCUUUCUAUCCGAGGCCACGGCCACGUUGGCAGGGGCCGGCUUCACCGAGGAGAAGGAUCACCUGGAAUGGGACCUGACAGUGUCCAAGCCACUGAACUUGGAGCUGCCCCGGUCAAUGGUGGAAGUCGUUACAAGCUGGAACCUGCCUAUGACUUGCUGGCUAAAUAACUACAUUUUCAAGAAUGCACUCCGCCUGGGGACCUUCUCAGCCGUGCUGGUCAUCUAUGCAGCCAGCGCCCUCCUGCACGGCUUCAGCUUCCACCUGGCUGCGGUGCUGCUGUCCCUGGCCUUUAUCACUUAUGUGGAGCACGUCCUCAGGAAGCGCCUGGCUCAAAUCCUCAGUGCCUGUGUCUUGUCGAAACGGUGCCCACCAGACUGUUCACACCAGCAUCACUCAGGCCUGGGGGUGUGAGCCUUAAACCUGCUCUUUGGGGCCCUGGCCAUCUUCUACCUGGCCUACCUGGGCUCCCUCUUCGAUGUUGAUGUGGAUGACACCACAGAGGAGCAGGGCUAUGGCAUGGUGUACACUGUCCACAAAUGGUCAGAGCUCAGCUGGGCCAGUCACUGGGUCACUUUCGGAUGCUGGAUCUUCUGCCACCUCAUAGGCUGAGGCACAUCUGUGGACCCUCACAGUCCCCGCCAGAUCCCUCCUCAGAGUGCCAGCUGAGGGCAGGCUCCUCUCCAUCCUUGACCCCCAACACUCCCACUCACCACACACACACAGCAUUCCAUGCCUGAUUAUCCCCACUCCACCACAAGGCAGGGAGGGAGUGUUCCCUGCUGGGGCCCAGGGGUGGAAGAUGCAUGGGGAAGCAGAGAGGAGGAGAUCAGGGCCUCCCCGCCUUCCUUUUCCCUUUUUAUAUAGUUUGUUAUU